AUGUCAAAUGACAUGACAAACUCAGGAGAAUAUUCAUCUAGAAUUCAUCAGAAACAUCAUCCACAGCAGGCCUCUGAUAGGACAUUUUUCAUUGACGCUUCUAAUCAGAGCUUGCCUGCCAUUCCAGCGGCGAUUUUAGAAUUAAGAGAAUUAGAGGAACUGCAUCUGGAAAACAACCAAAUUACAGAAAUCCCCAAGGAUAUUAAGUACCUAAGGAAUGUCAGGAUCCUCUACCUGAACAAGAACAAGUUAAGGGACCUGUGCCCUGAGCUGGGGGAGCUGAGCAGACUGGAGGGCCUGGACCUGAGUGACAACCCGCUCCUGGCCUCAUCCCUUCCAGUGCUCAGCAGCAACCGCAAGCUACGUGAGCUCCGCCUCUACCACACUGACCUGGAGGAGAUCCCCAUCGUGCUCUGUAAACUCCUCCACCACCUCGAGCUGCUUGGAUUGGCUGGAAACCACCUGAAAUCUCUGCCCAAGGAAAUCGCGAACCAGACCAAACUGAGGGAGAUCCACCUGAAGCAAAACCAAUUUGAAGUUUUCCCCCUGGAGCUGUGUCUUCUUGACAACCUGGAGAUCAUCGACCUGGAUGAGAACAAGCUGACUGUCAUCCCAGAAGAGAUUGGGAACCUGAGGAAACUGAGGAAGUUCUACGUGGCUUACAACAGCUUGCCGGUUCUCCCCGAGGCGCUGUGCCAGUGUACCAAGCUGUCGGUGCUGGAUCUAUCCUACAACCGCCUCCACUCCAUCCCGCACACUCUGACGGAGCUCACAGAGAUGACCGAGGUGGGGCUGAGCGGGAACCACCUGGAGAAGGUGCCACGUGUCAUCUGCAAGUGGACCUCGCUGCACCUGCUCUACCUGCGCAACACAGGCCUGCGGGUGCUGCGCCACAACUUGCGGCGCCUGGUCAACCUGCGCUUCCUUGAUCUCAGCCAGAACUGUCUGGAAUGUUGUCCGCUGCAGAUCUGUGCCCUCAGGAACCUGGAAAUCCUGGCGCUGGAUGAUAAUAAAAUAUACCAGUUGCCUUCAGACUUUGGUUCACUUUCAAAACUGAAGAUGCUUGGACUAACUGGAAAUCAGUUCUCUUCAUUUCCAGAAGAAAUUCUUUCUUUAGAGUCUUUAGAGAAAUUAUACAUUGGUCAAGAUCAGGGAGCCAAACUUACCCAUUUGCCAGAAUGCAUUAGGAAGCUACAGAGUCUUAAAGAGCUGUACAUAGAAAACAAUCAUCUUGAGCACCUGCCUGUAUCCUUGGGUUCAAUGCCUAACCUGGAAAUUCUUGAUUGCCGCCAUAAUCUGAUUAAGCAACUUCCAGAUGCCAUUUGCCAAGCACAAGCUUUGAAAGAAUUACGGCUCGAGGACAACUUGAUCACUUCUCUUCCAGAGAAUUUGGAUAGUCUAGUGAAUCUAAAGGUUCUGACACUGAUGAACAAUCCCAUAGAAGAACCCCCAAUGACAGUGUGUACCAAGGGCCCUGAGACUGUAUGGAUCCACCUUAAAAAAAGAAGAAAUAUGAACAUAAUGGCAACAAAGAUUCAGGCAUGGUGGCGUGGAGUAAUGGUACGGAAGGGAUUUGGGAAAUUUGAAGACCUGCUAAAGUUGCAAAAGAAGGGAAAGAGUUCUCCAAAAGAUAAGAAAGGAAAGAAGGAUGUAAAAAGACAACCUGUAAAGAAAAAUAACAAAUAA